AUGAAGAUGGAGAAAUCAGAAUCGACCCGUUUGGUUCGGUCUGUGACGUUAAGUGGAUGCACAGUACAGGUUGAGGACGCUCCGCUGCCGGUGGAGCUGCCAGAGGAUCACGUGGAGGUGCGCGUCUCCCACUGUGGCCUCAACUUCACCGACAACUACCUGCGCCUGGGCAUCAUCCUCAACCUGGACUUCCACGUUCUCAUGGGCAGCGAGUGUUCCGGGACCGUCACACGCGUCGGAAGACGCGUCGACGACGUCCAG